AUGGUCGGUCCGAUCGGAACACCACCUCAGCUUGUCAACCUUCUUCCCGCAACAUCCGUCUCUGCCAUAUGGCCGACCGAUUUUCAAGGCUGUAUAAUCUCCUCAGACCCGAACGUGAUUUCAGAUCCAGUCAAUUGUCCCGAGCUUCGCGGUGGGCUCUUCUCAUCGGCAUCAGUCACCGAUUCCAGCUUCCAAGCCGUCUCAGCAAGCAAUGGCGACGGCUACUUCAGCCUGCCGUUUUCUUCAUCGCAACAGUCGCAGGGAUAUAACGGCACCGCAAUAGUCGGCACAGAUACCAUCGUCUUGACACUGAAGUCAGGCACGCCUAAACUCAGUGGGCAGACAAUCGCCUCGAAUCUGGCUACUCUUCCGUAUCUUGGCAUGUUUGGCCUCACCGGAUAUGCAUCCCAUGUGAAUAGCACAAGCGAAGCAGACAUGACGAAAGCGCCGCUGCAGGCCUUAAAGGAUGGAGGAACCAUAUCGGCGUAUUCAUAUGGGUACACCGCGGGUAGGCAUUAUACGCCUGUCCCGGAGCUACUCAGCCUGACCUUCGGUGGAUACGACGCGAACCGCGGCGCUGUGACUGAAGACAGCGCCAUCUCCGCGACCUUUAAUAGUGACUGGCAAAGGGAUCUUGUCGUCAUUAUCAAAGGAAUCACAAUUGAUGGGGCGCCAGUGGAAGGUCUCGAUGACGGCAUCCCGAAUGUCUUCAUAGACUCUCUCAUCCCGGAAAUUUGGCUACCCGAAUCGACCUGUCAAGCUUUCGAGCGCGCCUUCAACUUGGUCUGGAAUGAGACGUUCCAAUAUUAUCUAGUCAAUGACUCCCAGCACGAUCAAAUGCUCAAAGACGGCAAGACUGUGACCUUCACUCUUGCCGGGAACAGGACUGCAGGUGCACCAACAGUGGACAUUGAGAUGCCGUACGGAGCUUUCGACCAGGCGUUGCAGUACCCAUUGGCGAAUAUUGAAGAUGGGAGCACUUCUUAUCGAUACUUCCCGUUGAAAAGGGCCAGUGGAUCUGACCAGUACACUUUGGGCAGAACAUUUUUGCAAGAAGCGUAUCUCACUGCAGACUAUGGCAACAGCAAGUUUUUCCUGUCGAAGGCGAAACCACUUGAUGGGGCUGCUACGGAUCUCCGAUGCAUCGGCUGCAAGAAAUCUGGCUUGAGCACCGGAGCCAUCGCCGGAAUAGCAGUCGCAGCAGCAGCGGUGGUCCUCAUGAUAGCUGCGUUCUUCUUCUGGCGCUGGAAAAAGAAGCGAGAUAUCCGUAAGCUGCGCGCUGAGCUGCAGCUCACAUCUCGAAAUUCGAUCGGUGGAACGACAAUCCAGGAAGACGAUCCUUCCAAUAAUUUUGAAUUCUUCAAGCCAACUAUUCCAGCCGAAGAAGAAGUCAAGCCAGAGCUUGACGGCAGUUCCGCCAUUCCCGCAGGUUUCGUGCACAAUCCGGUCUAUCGCAAGGCACCAUCUCGCCGAUAA